AAUGAAAUUUCAAAUUUUGACAUUGGAAUUGGAUUGUAUGGAAAUCCAGUUAGGAUAAAACUUAAUUUUUUUAUUACUGGGUCUGUUUUCACAAUAACUGGUCUAUACAAAAAACGAAACUUCUGCAAUUAGCACAUUAGAUAGGAAUGAAAUUCAACAUUUAGAUAAGCUUAUUAAUUUUUUUCUAGAGCACAAAAAGGGGAAAUUUUCAUGAAUACUGAGUAAUGUCGGCCAAUAAUCCACCUGAAGUUGCACCUGAAGGAGUUAAUCCAGAAAAUAAUGUAAUAGGAAAUGCCCCACUUAUUGACAUUCGGAUAAGAAACAAUCAACAGAGCCCGAUAUUCCAUAUACGAGACAGAUUAUUCCAUACUUUAUUCUUCAGAGCAGCAAUUGCCUAUGCAAGAACCUUUCCUCCAUCUUUCAGACGUUUUAUAGAGUUUUUCAUCUUGUUGCAAGCUCUAUGUUCGUUCUUCAUAUUAGUGUAUAUACACAUAGCAUUCUCGAGAACCUCUUCAUGCCUUCAAAAUGUUAAAGAGGUUUGGCCGAGAGAUGGAAUAUUAAGGGUUGAGAUUAUGACAAAUCCUUCACCUGAUUACAAUAUUGAACAUAGUUACGCCAGAGAACACAAAUUGAAACAGGGGAAAGUAGAUGAUGUUCCCACAGUUUUAGGAUUAUUGACAAUUGAUAAUUUUAUCAAUCUUGAGCCUUCAACAGUAGAGCAAGUUCCUCAAGAAACAGAACCACUAGAUCAGUCUUUACUCGGAUAUCACAAUGUGAAUGAUCAUCCAGUUAGUAGGAAAAAAGGACCACUGGUGAAUGUCACAAAAGUAACUUCCAAUAUUUGGGAUAAAUUAGAUGCUGCUACCAAUUUUUUCUUUUAUGGUAGCGCCCCCAAUUUGUCUACGUAUUCAAACGCAUCAGUCACCGAGACGAAUCGGGAAAAUAUAGAAUUUCAAAGUCCCAAUGAAGAGAAGGAAAAGGACGAUUUUAAAGAUAUGGUUUGGCCCGAUGAUCAUUAUAUAGUUGAAUAUUCUCUGGAAUACGGUUUCUUGAGACUGAAUCCUUCAACAAGGGCUAGAUUGGGUAUUCCUGUUCUCAUAGUAACCUUAGAUCCCAAUAAAGACCAGUGCUUCGGUGACUCUUUCAGUAAAAUGAUAUUGAAUGAAUUUCUGGGAUAUGACGAUGUUUUAAUGGCUUCUAUCAAAGCCCUGGCAGAACAAGAAAACAACAAGGGGUAUAUGAGAAAUGUUGUCACAGGAGAACACUAUCGCUUUGUCAACAUGUGGAUGGCAAGAAGUGCAUAUUUUGCUGCUUUCUUCAUCAUGAUAAUAUUUACGGUGUCCGUGUCCAUGCUGCUGCGAUAUUCUCAUCAUCAGAUAUUCGUGUUCAUAGUCGACCUGCUGCAAAUGUUGGAAUUCAACGUAACGGUCAGCUUUCCCGCCGCCCCCCUUCUGACCGUCAUACUGGCCCUGGUUGGUAUGGAAGCUAUAAUGUCAGAGUUCUUCAACGAUACCACUACAGCAUUCUACAUCAUCAUUAUAGUAUGGGUGGCCGAUCAGUAUGACGCUAUAUGCUGUCAUACUCCGAUUACUAAGAGACAUUGGCUCAGGUUCUUCUACCUUUACCAGUUCUCAUUUUACGCCUACCACUACCGUUUCAACGGACAAUACAGCAGCUUGGCCCUUAUAACUUCAUGGCUUUUCAUACAGCAUUCUAUGGUGUACUUUUUCCACCAUUACGAGCUACCGACCAUCCUCCAACAGGCCCACAUCCAGCAGUUCCUGCUGAGGAGUUCUCAAAAUCAGCAGCAGCUCAUACUCAGGACUACGCAGCGUAGACAGGGAAACAGGUCCACCGGAACGGACAGCAGGGCGAACCAGGUGGUGCUGCGGCUGAAUCCGAUACGUCGCAUCAACCAGUUCCUGAGCACGGUGAGAUCAUCGGUCACGACGCAAACCAGCGUCACCCCCACGACCCAGGCGGCGACGUCAACUUCUAACGAGAACACGACAUCGGUGGGUACCUCGGCCUCGCCGACUACCGCGAGCACCACGAGUCAGACGAGCAGCGCCUCUCUUGCCACGCACUCCGUACAGACACCCGGAGGUGAAUACGUUAAUGAGGGUAUACAGACCACGGAUUAUCCACCUAGACCGCCACCCGGUGGACCUGAUCAGCCUUAAGAUUCAUAACUCGUACUUAGUGUUACCUGUCCAUACAGACCACGGAAACGUAAUAUCCUGACGAGGAGAGGAGACGCAUCCUUUCGUUCAUAGAAAAGAUAUCACCGGAGGCAAUCUUCACGAUGAACAAAACGCUUUGUUCCGUUUUUAUCGCCAUAUAGUGUAUGUAUUUAGAUCAUAGAUUAUCCGAAUACUGUUUUGUAUAGCAAUCCACAGACGUGUAUGUAUUCACACGAUGACUAUUCUCCGAACGAUGUGUACUUUUUGAUUGUUAUAUGAUCGAAUAAAAUAUUUUAUGUAAAUUGCAAUCGGUCUGUGAUGUUUGUUCUAUUCUGAAUUCGUUUUCAGUUCCUGGUUCUGGUUGUUUGUUUAAGAUUUGUAAUGUAAAUAAUGAAUGUAUAAAUAAAAAGUGGAUAUUGUGGAUAAUUGGAUAUAUCAAUAAAGGAGCCGAAAAGAG